CAUUGACUUCCGCUUGUAUUAACUUCCGGUGACGGAAAACGUAUUGCUUCGAAGUGAUAAACUUGCUAUCGGGCCUAUUGGUUUUUAAUCAAAGACAUUCAGAUCAGUUGAUAACCAUCUCAGGAUGAAAAAAAUUCAAAUCUUAACAGCCAAAAUGUCUGGUGAAACACAGCCACCAGGUGGCAGCACCGAGGAUAUGUCAGCAGACUCAGGCACUGAAGACAAAUUAUCUUCUAGUGUAAGUCUAGUGAGAGAAAACAUCCCCAAAGCAGCUCUCACAAGAGAUUCUUGUAAGACAACACAAGAUACCUCUUCAUCAACCACCUCAGCAUCUACUGACACAAAGGAUGACAAGAAGACCAUCUUUAGUAAUCUACCUAAAUUUGACACCCAGGACUGGUAUUCACACAAAUGUUUCAAUAGAUACUGGAGUCACUAUGGUUAUGUGAUGAACUGGUAUAAGAAACACGGUCAUGUGCAGAGGUCUCUUCAAAGGAAGCUGAGCUAUCAUCGAUCAUACCCAUCAUACCACACAGCAUAUCCUUAUCAGCCUUACUCAUACCAGCCUUACUCCUACCCUUUCUCUCAUGCUCAGUACAUGCACAGACAGACUCCAGUCAGGUCAAGAAGGGGGAGAGGGAGGGCGACUUCAGACAGGUCUAGGGUGCUGAGUCAGCGGUCUGUGCCUGUUAAGAGGAAACAAGGAGAUAUGAAUAUGGACGUAGACAGUGACUUUGCUGAUGCAGUUGAAGCAGGAGAUGAUGUGGCAUGUGAUGUGUCACAGACGUCGGAGCGAGAGGAGAAUGUGGCCUGCAGGAUGGAGUUGGAGAUCACUGAUGAAAUGUUGGACUUUUUUGCAACAUCUCAAAAACACAGGAAACAGAGAGAAGCUGAGAAAAAGGAAGAAAUAGCGAGGGAAAAGAAAGAUAAAAGGAUCAACAUUGAAGAUGUGCGAGGACAGCAGCGUGAGCGGACAUCAGAAGCUCCCAGUGAGAGACCAGGCCUGCGACGUACAUCGGAAAUGAAGCUGUUGUAUGGAAAAGGUGCUGCCAUGAUUCACGGCAUGGAGACAGCUCUGCAGAUGACAUACGACAGACACCUUGAUGCCAAUCAGCCCAAGUAUUGGCCAAAUAUGCCUCUGAGAGUCCACUUUUCAGAUGCUUAGAAAUUGAUGUUUCAUUUGUGACUAUAUUCGGGAGUUGUUGACAAAUGACUUGGAUUACAUGUUUUUCCAAUAAAUAAUCUUUGUAAUCA